CUUUCAUUUGUCUAAAACCCUAAAUCCUGAAACGGGGCUCGACUCUCUUCUUUGUUCAGGUACUUUUUUCUGUUUUCAAUGUUGGGGAGCUUAAACCAGUGUUCAGUAGCACCACAGGCCCCCAAGCCAAUAAACUCAAUGAACUACGCAACCUUGAAUCGAUCAAUUUCUUACAAUCUUCUGCGUAGGGCUUUCCCAAUCCGCGCAUAUUGCACUGUCUAUUCCUCAAAGCGUAAUAAUUUGUUUUCCAGAAUUAGCCCUGUUAGGCGCGCGGAUCUCAUUAUUCCAGUUCUGGAUCAAUGGGUGGUCGAGGGCAGAAAAGUCACAAGCCUCGAGCUUCAGCGCAUUGUUCGUGAUCUCCGUAGCCGUAAACGUUUUUCUCAAGCCCUACAGGUUUCCGAGUGGAUGAGUGUGAGUGGUCUCUGCCCUUUCAAGUCAGGAGAUUGUGCUGUGCAUUUGGAUCUUAUCGGUGUUGUCCAUGGUUGGGAAGCAGCAGAGUGCUACUUUAAUAACCUCACAGAUGAACAGAAGAAUGAUAAGACUUAUGGUGCACUCUUCAACUGUUAUAUUAGAGAAGGCCUAGUUGAGAAAUCCCUAGCCCAUUUUCAGAAAAUGAAGGAACUUGGUUAUGCUUACUGCACUCUUGUUUACAACAAUCUUAUGUGCCUUUACAGAAGUACAGGCCAACUCGAGCGAGUCUCUGAUGUGCUGUCGGAGAUGAAGGAGAAUGGUGUCACCCCUAAUAACUUCAGCUAUCGGAUCUGCAUCAAUUGCUGUGGAGAAAGAGCUGAUUUUAGUGGUAUGGAGAAGCUUCUUGAAGAAAUGGAAAGCCAGCCUUUCAUAUCAGUGGACUGGAUCACCUAUUCCAUGAUGGCUAAUGUUUAUAUAAAAGCCAAGUUCAAGGAGAAGGCUCUUGCUUUCUUGAAAAAGUUAGAAGAUAAGCUACAUAAAGAUCCAAUAGGUUACAAUCAUUUGAUUUCCCACUAUGCGAGUCUAGGCAAUAAGGAAGAGAUGUUGAGAUUGUGGGGUGUACAAAAGAUUGUGUGUAAAAAGCAAAUUAACAGGGACUACAUCACAAUGCUAGGUUCCUUGGUUAAGCUUGGUGAUCUAGAGACAGCUGAGGCCGUGCUAAAGGAGUGGGAGUCUUCUAACCACACUUACGAUUUUAGAGUGCCAAAUGUCCUUCUAAUUGGAUAUUGCCAGAAUGGCUUAGUUGAUACAGCCGAAAUAAUGCUGCAAGACAUUAUCAAGAAAGGCAAGACACCAAUCCCGAAUAGUUGGGCUAUCAUCGCUGCAGGGUACUCGAAUACGCAUAAGAUGGAAAAGGCCUUUGAAUGCCUGAAAGAAGCAAUAGCAGUACGAGCACAAAAUCCAGGAUGGAGACCAAAACCCCAUCUGGUAUCAAGCAUAAGCAAAUGGCUCGGUGACCAACAAGACACUAGAGAACAAGAGGCUUUCCUUAGCUCAUUAAAGACAGUAGUUACUGGAAAUAAAGAUGUGCAUGAUACCCUUGGAAACACAGAAGCCAGUGGAAUAGGAGAACAGAAUGAAAUUGAAGAAAUUGUUAAGCUAUGAACAGAGCAAGUAAACUUCUAUCCUUCAGCCUGGAGGAAAGGGUUCUGGCUCAUUUUUUCCUAUUAUCCACCUCCAUUUGUUUGGAGAAAACAGAGGUGAAAAAGAGUAAGCUGCGAUGUUGUUACUACCGGGGCUAGCUUGGAUACUAAGAAUUUAUUCAUUAUCUGUGCUUGAAGAUAUGCAAAGAACAGUGAAGAACAAUGGUAUACAAUUGCAGCGAGCUUGUUUCUUGUGCUGUCAAAUAGGAGAGAGAGAACUGGUGGUUUUGCAGCCCAGUUCAGAUUUUUGUUCCCAAAAUAGAUCAGCAUUUACUAGGUGUUUACAGUUAUAUAAUUUUUUUUUCCCCUCUAAAGCUAGAGUUUGAAAAGAUAAAGGAUGUAUUUGUAGGUCUUUGAUUCUUAAUUUUGAAAUAAACAGUUUACAAUUGCUCAUUCGGUUUA